CUGACAGGCUCCGCCCACUGCUGCAUCACAUGUUGUUGAGAUCAGAGCUUAAACUGGCUCCAGUUAUAAGGAAGAGAAAGUAAAAGUCAGAGACAGUCGUGGUGACAGAGCGGUGAAAUGGCAGGAGUUCAGCUGCAGAGAGAAACCUUGUCUUGUUCCAUCUGUUUGGAUCUUCUGAAGGAUCCGGUGGCUCUUACCUGUGGACACAGCUUCUGUAUGAACUGUAUUAAAGACCACUGGGACUCAGAGGAUGAGAAGAGGAUCUACAGCUGCCCUCAGUGUAGAAAGACCUUUAUGCCGAGGCCUAACCUGUUAAAAAACGUCAUGUUAGCAGAUUUAGUGGAGGAGCUGAAGAAGACCAGACUCCACGCUGCUCCUGCUGAUCACUGCUAUGCUGGAGCUGAAGAUGUGGCCUGUGAUGUCUGCACUGGCAGGAAACUGAAAGCUCUCAAGUCCUGUUUGGUUUGUUUGGCCUCUUACUGUGAGGAACAUCUCCAGCCUCAUCAUCAAGCACCUCCAUUAAAGAAGCACAAGCUGGUGGAGCCGUCCAAGAACCUCCAGGAGAACAUCUGUCCUCUUCACUAUAAGUUGAUGGACUUGUUCUGCCGCACUGAUCAGCAGUGCAUCUGUUAUCUCUGCUCUGUGGACGAACAUAAAGACCACGACAUGGUCUCAGCUGCAGCAGAGAGGAAGCAGAAGCAGAGAGAGCUGGAUCUGAGUCAAGAAGAAGUCCAGCAGAGAGUCCAGGACAUAGACAGAGACGUGAAGGUGCUUCAACAGGAGGAGGAGGCUCUCACUCUCUCUGCUGAUAAAGCUGUGAAGGACACAGACGAGAGCUUCACUGAGAUGAUGCGUCUCCUGCAGAGAAGAAGCUCUGACGUGAAGCAGCAGAUCAGAUCCAAGCAGGAAACCGAGGUGAGACGAGUCAAAGAUCUUCAGGAGAAACUUCAGCAGGAGCUCACUAAGCUGAAGAAGAGAGAAGCUGAACUGACGCAGCUCUCACUCACACAAGACCACAACCAGUUUCUCCUCAACUACCGCUCACUGUCAGCACUCAGUCCAUCGACACACUCGUCCACCGUCCACGUCCGUCCUCUGAGACACUUUGAGGACGUGACAGAGGCUGUGGCAGAGGUCAGAGGUCAACUGCAGGACGUCCUGACUGAGACGUGGACAAACGUCUCACUGGCUGUGGCUCGAGUAGAUGUUUUACUGAAAGAACCAGAACCAGAGACCAGAGCUGAAUUCCUCAGAUAUUCACAGGAAAUCAAACUGGAUCCAAACACAGUUCACACACGUCUGUUAUUAUCUGAGGGAAACAGAAAAGUGACAGUAACGUGGGUAAAUCAGUCUUAUCCUCAUCACACAGACAGAUUCACUGAUCGGUGUCAGGUGAUGAGUGAAGAGAGUCUGACUGGACGUUGUUACUGGGAGGUGGAGUGGAGAGGAGGAGGAGUUUGUGUAGCAGUGACGUACAAGAACAUCAGCAGAUCAGGUUUAGAUGAAAGUAGAUUUGGAUUCAAUGUCAAAUCUUGGACUUUAUAUUGUGACCACAACAGUUGUAAUUUCAUUCACAACAGAAUCAGGACUAAAGUCUCAGAUGUUAAAGUCUCCAGAGUCGGAGUUUACCUGGACCACAGAGCAGGUCUUCUGUCCUUCUACAGAGUCUCUGACACCAUGACUCUGGUCCACAGAGUCCAGACCACGUUCACUCAGCCUCUCUAUGCUGGAGUUAGGUUUUAUUCACCUGGAACCACAGCUGAGUUGUGUGAACUCAAAUAGACUUGAGUUCUUUCAGGAGCAGUGAGUUAAACUCUAUGUUUAAAUCUUUAACUUCUCUGCGACAACAAGAACAUCAACAAAGUUUUCAGUUUAAAUUCCUCAAAUCUCUUGUUUCCUGAGUCUUCAUUUAGUUUUAAACACUUUAAAACAGAACAAAGUGAACUUUAGCUUCUAUAAAUCCUUGAUUUUAUCUCACUCUGGCCUUUGCAUGCUUCUGUGUUAUUAUCACUGCUGUGUGUGUGACACGGACGCCACAGAUUAUUCUUAAUCUGUGCGUGUGUUAAUAAAGGCAUCAUCCAGGCCUAUGGCUGCAGGUUAUAUUAUGUUAUACAAUCAAUAUUUCUUCCAAUUUAUCUGAAUGUCCUCCUGCUCUGAGGAUGUUCAUAAAUGCAUGUGGGUCAUUGAAAGUGCUUGAAUUGUAUGCAAGAAAGAAUAUGUAGAAUAUAAGUUUGUGAAUAUGAUAAAAAAAAAAUGUCAUGGCCCUUGAAAGCUUUUGAAAAUCGCCCCCAAUUAGACACGUCAUUGAAAGUGCUUGGAUUAUGUACACAAAAGAUUGUUUAGGUAAAUUACUCCUGCAUCUGAUGUGCUCUUCAGGGUUCCCAUGGGUCCUUGAAAUCCUUGAAAGUCCAAAAAAAGGAAAUUGGUCCUGGAAAGUCCAACAAAGGACAGUAUGUCCUUGUUAAAUACAAACACAGAACAAUAUCUGCACAAGAUUAUUGCUAUAAUUGUUAAAAAAUAAUAAUAAUCUAUAUUUGUAAACAGGAAGAGGUGGAGUUAUCAGUCCAUAUGCAGCAGAGAAAAAAAAGUGGUGGAUUUAACUUUAUAUUAAGAUUAUUUUUACUCAUCAACUAUGACAAAGUCUGAGUGACGAUCCCCUGGUGGCCCAUGGAAGGUACUGCACAUACGACCAGGAAGAAUAAAUAAUACAAUGAUUUAAAUGACGGUCACAUGAACAUUAAUCAAUGGAUCAUUUAUGGAUUUAAUUUUGUACCCGGCAAUCUACUGCGUUUAAUUCUGUGUUUUCUCCUGAUAGAAAUGGACAUAAUCUGGUAUUUUCUUGGAUUAAAUCUGAAAAAAAAACCUCAA